AUGAAGCAUAAAGAUGUUGUUUUGGGACAUUGUUAUCCGCGACACGAAUACGGGACUUACCAUUCGUAUACGGAAAACCAACACAAGUUAGAGUAUGAGGAAGGUGCUAAGGAGUUUGAGGAAAAUGAUAACGAAGUCGAAGAAGGUGCUAACGACUUUGAGGAAAAUGAUAACGAAGUCGAGGAAUGUGCUAAGGACUUUGAGGAAAAUGAUAACGAAAUCGAGGAAGGUGUAAUGCACUUUGAGGAGGGUGUUCAUGACGACGAAGGUGCUAACGAGGAAGGUGUUGACGACGAGGAACGUGCUAACGCGGAAGGUGCUAACGAGGAAGAUGAUAAUGACGAGAAAAAAACAAAAAAAGAGAAGUUGCGAAAGGUUACGUCAACGAUAACAAAAGGCGAAGGUUCAUCAGCAAGGACAGUGAAGAUAUGGUUGCAAUGCGAUCGUGGCGGCGAACCCAAAAGUAAAGCAACAGUACGGCGUUCCAGUAGCAAAAAGGUUGGCUGUCCUUUUAGUCCGAUAGGGAAACUAGACUCAAGUAGUGGUAAUUGGAGCCUUGUGGAGAAGAAAAACAUUCAUAACCAUGAGCCUACUCAAUUUCUCGAGGGCCACGCGUUCAGUAGAAGGCUGACCCCGGACAAAGAAUCACUGGUGGAGAGACUUUAUCUGCAAAACAUGGAGCCUACAAAUAUACAUUUAACCGUAAGAAAACAAAACCGACACAACGUGUGCAUUCUACAAGACGUACAAAACACGAUAAAAAAGAUUAAACUCAAAAUGUACGGUGAUCGAACUCCAAUGCAGAUAUUGGAGAACAUGUUGCAAGAAGAAAGGUUAAUCACUUAA